UUUUGGAAAAUGAGUGAAUUUACUAUGCAAAUUGUGCUUGCUGUUGCAAUGUUCAUCACAACAGCAAUUGCUGGAUUCGCUCCAUUAAAGCUAAUAAAAAUGAUUACUUCCAAUGGCGCAAUAAAUCGAAAAGCUUCUGUUAUUGUAUCGGUAAUGUCUUGCUAUGCUGGAGGCAUAUUCUUAGCCACUUGCUUUCUAGACACGCUACCCCACCUCAGGUUAAUUCUGCAAUUUUCAUUACCACAAUUUUUAGUUUGCAUCGGAAUCCUUCUGGUUUACAUUUUAGAAGAAGUGUUUGCUCAAAUCCUAAGAAAGACAAAUAAUAAGGAAGUAAAUGGUGCUGACAGUGAGGAAUGUCAAAGUCGUCGAAGUAAUAGUAUGGUCUCCUCGGGUAUUGUACAGUCCAUUACUUUCACUAUAGCCAUGUCAUUUCAUUCAGUUCUUGAAGGAGUUGCUCUAGGUGUACAAGAUGAGAAAAUUGGCAUCAUAACUUUGUUCAUUUCGCUUCUUCUGCACAAAGGUAUUGAAGCUUUCAGUGUUGGGUUGCAAAUAUCUCGAACAAUUUCUAAUAAAACUAAAAUGGUUAUUGCAACGAUAAUAAUAUACUCACUAAUGACACCAUUAGGAUCUAUCACUGGAUUGUUACUACAAAAUAUUGAUAUGGAUGAAUGUUGGCGACAAGGUACCAUAAUGGUUCUUGAAGCACUAGCAAUUGGGACAUUUAUUUUUGUUACAUUUUUGGAGGUAAGAACUUGCUGGCUGAGUGAAAAAAUGUAUUAG